UUCACUCCACUGAUCCACUCCUCUCUCUCUCUCUUUCCCCCUCAAUCUCUCUCUAUAGAACACACAUUCAAGUUGUUUGUGUUGUUUUUCUCCAUGGAUUCUUAUGAAGCUACCAAGAUUGUUUUCUCAAGGAUCCAAAGCUUGGAUCCAGAAAAUGCCUCAAAAAUCAUGGGGUACCUUCUGCUGCAAGACCAUGGCGACAAGGAGAUGAUACGCUUGGCAUUUGGACCAGAAACUCUCCUGCACAAUCUCAUCCUCAACGCCAAAACCCAACUCUCCCUUGUUCCCUCCGACAACCCUACUACUACUUAUACCACUACUUCUGCUACUUUCACCCCCAUCUCUAGGCCUACCCCUUUGUCCCUCUCCUCCUCCUCCUACUCUUCUUCCUCAACCCUUUGGAGCCUCUCCAAUUCCGUGAGCCCCUCUGCUGCUUCUUCUCCGUCUUAUGCCAAUAUUCUUACCAAAAACACUAACCCUACUUCUCUCUGUGCUUCUAGUAGCGAAGUUGGUGACAAAUAUCAGUUUCAGAGCAAUCUUUCUUUUCUCAGUGAUCCAAAAACUGAUGACUUGUUUUAUGGAUCUGAAGAUUUGAAUUCUGGGGGUGGAUGGAAACCAUGUUUGUAUUAUUCAAGAGGGUUCUGUAAAAACGGCAGCACCUGCCGUUUUCUCCACGGCGGCAGCUCAGUUAAUGUUGUUUCUCCAGGCAAUGCCAAUGUGAUUGAACAGUGCCAGGAGAUAAUCAGAUCCAAUGCCGCUGCUCAGCAGCAGAAACUGGCUGCAGUGUCACAGUUCAUGGCUGGCCGCGGUGGUGAUGCUUCCUCUUUCCCAUACAACAAGUGCAUGGAUUUUCUUACGCAACAACAAAAUGACUCUCCAAGGUCAGCAGCAUCUGCAUUGAUGAUGGCUGAUGAAGUUCACAAGUUUGGGAGAUACCAACAUGAUCGAAACGACUUUUCGACUUUAAAUUUGGGAGGAAAUGCCAAUCACAGUUCAAGGCAGAUCUACUUGACAUUUCCAGCUGAUAGUACAUUUAGAGAAGAAGAUGUCUCUAAUUAUUUUAGCAUUUAUGGACCAGUGCAAGAUGUGAGGAUUCCAUACCAGCAAAAGAGGAUGUUUGGAUUUGUUACAUUCGUUUACUCCGAGACUGUGAAGAUCAUUUUGGCGAAAGGGAAUCCUCAUUUCGUAUGCGAUUCUCGGGUGCUUGUGAAGCCUUACAAGGAGAAGGGCAAAAUCCCAGACAAGAAGCAACAACACCAACAGUUUGAGAGGGAAGACUACCAUCUGUGUAGAAGCCUGUCUGCCAUCGAUUCGAGAGAGCAUUAUGAUCUCAAUCCUGGAUCAAGAAUGUUUUACAAUACACAAGACAUGCUUUUGAGAAGGAAAUUAGAGGACCAGGCUAAGUUGCAGCAAGCCAUUGAAAUCCAAGAAAGGAGACUUAUGAACCUCCAACUUCUAGGCAUCAAACCCAACAAUCUUCAUCAUCAGAAUCAGUACUACAACGGUUUAUCAGAAGGGUCUCCAUUUCCUUCACCCACUUUGUCACAUGCAUCCAAAAAUCAAUUCUUCAAUUUUUCACCUAGAGGCAAUAAUGAAGAAGUCCCACAAGAAUAUGAUGAAGCUGAAAAACCGCAGCAGGAGAUGAAUCCAACUUUUAAUCAUGGAACUGAAGAUAACAAUGGCGAUGAUUUUAGCCUGCAUGAAAGUAUGGAGCACAUUCUCCCUGAUAGCCUAUUUGCAUCUCCAAAGAAAUCAGCUGCUGGAGACCAAAUAAAUGUCUUCUCAACUACUGCUUCUGCACAAGUCAAUACCGAAGGCAUCACCAGAACCACCACCAUUUCUUCUAACAAUAUUAAUAAUAAUUUACUGCCCACCACUUCUACACCAAAUGCAGAUUCCCCAAAAUCUGUUCUUUCCAAAUGUCCAGGUUUUCUUUUGGAAUGUAAUUAAGAAAGUUAAGCAUGGGCAGCAUUGGGGGAGACAUGACUUUGCUACUGCUAGGAAACAAUUGAGAAGGAUUACAAACGGAAGAAAAAGAUCAUCUAGCUAUAUAGCCAAAAGCAUAUACCUAUAUCAAAGCAAACUUGUAGACAAGAUCUCAGCAAGAUCACUAUUGUCAUUAAUAUAUAUAUAUAUAUAUAUAUGUAUGUAUGUAUGGAUCUAUACUAUUUAGAAUAAUAAUACCUAAUUGUAUACAUAAAAGAACAGAUGGACUGAUUUAUUUGAGUGGGGUCUAUUUCAGUACUCUCUGCCCUAUCUCCGUAGGUAUGUGCUAGCUGGAGCACAGCAAGCAAGCAAGCUGUAACAAUGUAACAUAUCAACUUUCAUAUGAUAUUUUAAUUUAGGUUACUUAUCUUUUUA